AUGGCGUGUCCCCUGGAGCAGGCGCUGGCUGUGACGGUCACCACCUUCUACAAGUACUCGGGGAAGGAAGGGGACAAGUACAAACUCAGCAAGGCGGAGCUCAAGGAGCUGUUGAACAAGGAGUUGCCCGUCUUCAAGAGCAAACGAAUGGACGAGGCGGAGUUCGAGAGGCUCACGAAUGACCUGGACCACAACAAGGACAGCGAGGUGGACUUCAAGGAGUACAUCUGCUUCCUGGCCUGCAUCACCAUGGGCUUCAAUGAGUUCUUCAAGGAUGGCCCCACCAAGCAGCCCCGCAGAAAGUGA